AUGGCUCACUCGCAACGGGCGUUCCGCCCUGAAGAGUGCCCCAAGCUCACCCUGACGUUGGCCGUCGCUGUUGUCCACAGCUCGGACGCACCUUCCACAACGAACCCAACCAAGAGCACGAAUGCGACAAAGACAAGUGACGCAAGCAAGGCAACAACAGAGAAGCCCACACAGCCGGCUGCCACACGCCAGUCCAAGGCGUUGAAGCCCACGGCCGGGGAGAAUCGUGGCAAACGCACCCUCUACGAUUUCGGCAAUGCAGGCUAUCUGUAUCGCGAUGUGGCCAACAGGCGUGCCGGGUAUGUGGAUAGCGGCAGCUCCUACUACCCACAAGCAGGCUUCUACAACGGACAAAAUGCGAUUGCUCAAUAUCCAGGCGCAUUUACUGGCGGCUAUGCGCCCUAUCCGCAAUACUUGGAGGCGCCCGAGCCCAUCAUUGAGAUCAUUAUCAAGGAUGCCAACGAGACGUUGAGCGAAGAGCCGGUACAGCCGAUUUUGAGCAAGAAGAAGAAGAAAAAGGAGAAGGUGCAUGUGUUCUAUGUGAACUACAAGAAGGAUCAGAACAACAAGUUGCAUCUGGAGACGCCCAUUGCCUCUCUGAACAAUGACGACAACGAGGAGGAAGAGGAGGAGGAGGAGGAACAGAUUGUUCAAUACCCCGUAACGCCCCUGCCCCCGGUAAAGACGACAACGCUACGCACGAUCAUACACCCAGACUCGGAGAAAUAUCACAGCAACAGUGGCAUUCAUGUUUCCUUCGGCGCCGAGGAUCUACGCCAGUCCGGUCACAUAUUGGAGGAGCACGACGCCGAGAGCAUACAGCGUCAAGUGGUCGCUCUUCCCGCAGGCCCUGGCGUGAAGACUGAGGGCUAUGUGGCCAACACGCGAGCUGAUUACGGGCGCGACAACAGCUUCGGUCGCGCUCCAGUCUCCAACUUCCUCUUUGGCGGGGCCAGUAGCAACAGUUACCACCAAGCCCCACCCGCACUGCACUUCCACAGUCAGCAGCAACCGCCCGUACAGCACAGCACCAACUACUUCAGGCCACCAGCGGCCUUGAUAGGUGCACCAACCACUUCGUCGCAACAGCUGCCGAAGCCCACUCAGCAGCAACAUUUCUACAAGCCGCAGCAGCAGCAGCAGCAGCCACAUCAACAGCAGCAACAGCACCAGCAUGCGGUCGAGCGUCCAAACUUUACACAUCAGCAACUGCCCGCCACCUCCUCCCAGAUCGUUUUCAAUAAGCUGCUGCAGCAGUCACAAUAUUACGUCAAUCAUAAUCAGCAAUAUCAUCAGCCACACUCACAGCAGCCGCAACAGCAGCAGCAGCAUCAUCACCAGUACUUUAAAACGCCGGCCAGUACUCCCAGCAAACAGGUGCCAUUUUUCCCGACCAUACCGCCAAAAACCCACGAGUUGCCAUCGCGUCAGUCGCCAGCGUCCUACCAGCCCGUCAAGUUCCGACCCACGCCGGCAGCGGCUGCUCAAAUCAAGCCAGUGCCAGUCCCAGUAAAAUUGGAAAAUGUCAACUACCAACAGCAACAAUCGCAGUAUCAGCAGCAACAACCAAAGCCACUGCCUUCCUAUCAGUUUACGCGACAGCCUCAGUUUGUGCAGCAACCGCACUUCACAGUGCGAGCGCCCACUCCUCCACCAGACUAUUAUCAACUUCAGCAACAACAACAGCAGCAGCAACAACAACAACAUGGACUACAAAAUUACUUCGACAUUGCGCCCUCGAAGGAGACGGAGCUGCUCAAGUCCAUACCCAAGUUUGAGCAGCACAUAACCGAAACAAUUCAAAACCCGAUUGUGCCCUCCCCACAGCAGCAGUCGCCUUUCGGCUACAGCAGCACACGCAACGAGGUGAUACACGAUAUACCCGCACCCAAUCUGGCACCCACAUCGUUAACGCAACAGUUAACGGGUCAUUACAUAACCGCCAGUUCGACAAACGCCCAGCAGCAGCAGCAGCAGCAGCAGCAGCGACUACCGCAAUCGAGCCAAGUCGCUUUAGCACCACCACCAGUCUAUGCGGAAUCCACGCACGGCCAGAAGGUGAUGGUUGUGACGCCAGUUCCUCCACAAAGCGGUCCCAGCUAUGCCACAUACAAUCAAUACCAGCAAUUGCAUGCUUCAACCGGUUCUCUGCAGGCUCAGGCCAGCACUAACUUUGUGCAGCAGCCUAGACAAACGUCCACUGUCCAAAUCAGCGCUGCACCGGCGACAGAUAACUCCCCCUUCAGUGUCUCCACCUACCACUCGGAUGUGUUUAAGGAGCUGGAACAGCGUCAAAAGGAGCAACGGCAACAACAGGCUCAGCAACCGGGUCAGGUCUCGCCCACAGUAGCUACCAAAACAGUGGCAGCACCAACAACUGGUGCCGCACCGAGCGGCAAAGCCUCCCAAACCCUGCUUCAGCUGCCCGACGAAGUUCCCGAUGAUUUGCGUCAGCAACUCUUCUCCUCGGGUAUUCUGAACAACGCGGACAUCUCGGUGCUCGACUACGACAAGGUGGGAGACAUAGCGCUCGAGAAUCUGCCCGCGGAGCAUCUGCAACACUUCUACGGAGCCGGUGGCGGAGCUCAAAUCGCCGAGACCAACAAAGUGCUGACGGUGGUGAAGCCAAAUGGAGACAAGGUGGCGCUCAGCGAGAAAGACAUCGAAAAGGUCAAGCAGAGCAACUCGUUACCCCAAAAGCAGAAUCUUGAUGUAAAGGUAGUGCGCUUCGAUGCCCAGCAGGGACCAAGCGUUAGCGAGAAGUACGUACGGACAGAUGCGACUGUCGUCACGCCAGUGGACUUGGCCGAUCGCCAGUACAAUCGUUACUUGCCGCUUAAAAUCAACGGCGCUCAAUUCCCCAUACCGGAGAGCCAAGAGUUGGUGGGCAAGAAAAUUGUGAGUGUGGUUGUUUUGGCACCAGUCGAGGCGCAGGCGCCUUCAACAUCGGGGUCGGCUGAAGCACGCAGUGUGGACACAAAGGAGGUCAAGUUUCUGGGCGGUGAUCUUAUUAAAACGCUGGUCAAGAAGCCAACCAAGGACAACUUCAAGCGAUGGCUAGAGAAGGAAUCUCGCACAGACAUUGAGCUGCAGUCGGUGGUGCUGUUGGUGGUCAAGUCCAGCGAGGAGGCCGAACAGGAAAUCUUCAUGUACGAUAUUGCCACCGGAAACAUCAACAAGCUUAAUGGAGAACUCUCCAGCACAUUUGUGAAUGUCGCCGAGGAGAAUGCCAGCAGCGAGGAUUUGGAACAUGCCGCCACACUGGACCACACCUCGCUGGAGUCCAUGAUGCAUCGUCGACGUCGUAGGUGA